AUGGACAUUGCCCGCCUCCUUGCACCGCUCGACCACGACGACACCGACGACUUUGACGAUGACAACACGCUGCACGACAACCUCCGCAACGGCGCCUGGUCCUGGGUCGAAGAGCGUUACACAAUGACGCUCAUCGAAGCCUUCCUCCUCGGCGCCUUCCCGAGCCUGCUGCCGGGCACGACGCUGCGGGGCUUCCUCGCAUCGCACCUCCAAUGCGUCCCGAUGCGCGUCUCCAAGAAACUGGCCUCGGGCUCUCUUGCCGGCAAAACCGUCAUCAAGAAGCUCGGCAAGUCGCGCUAUGUCCCCAACGACUCGCUCGACAAUGCCCAUGUGCUUCACAAACUGCACUUGCUUCAGCGCACGUUUGACCAAGCGUGCAAGCUCGAGGCAAUGCAUCCCUCCAGUCGCCGCCUCUCCCCUCGUCGCCCGACGUCGCCUGUGUCGCCAAGUCGCAUGGGCCACUGGCCGCUCAAAGAAGAGAUGUACUUGCAAAAGCUCAUUAGCUGCUUCUUGAACGGGUACCUCGACUUGGCACCGGGCACGACACUCCGCGCCUACUUGGCCGACCAGCUCGACUGCAGCCCCAUGCGCGUGUCCAAGAAGCUGGGGUCGGGAAUGCUGCUGGGACGGUAUGUGCCGCGACGUCUUGGCUCGACAGCGUACAUUCCGAACAGGCACCCGACUGCGGCGUUUGCGCACGCGGCGCACGAAGCGCAGACACAACUAGCAACGUUGCGCAAGCUGAGUUUUGCGUGUCUUCACUAA